AUGGUUGGACGACAAAUGGCUUGGAAGGUGAGGGUCCAGAACACUUUUAUGAACAUACCCGAGGAACUGGACGACUCAGACUAUGGAAUACACAAAUCACUCUCUAUGAACAUCACUCAAGACAAUCUCAACAAAUGGUAUAUUUAUAACCUACCCAGUUUCGAGAACCGCAAUGAUUGGAAUUUAUUACAUAAUCAAAGCGACAAAACUGGUGUAAAAUAUUUUUUAAAACCAACAUCAAUGUUCAACUACUACCGGGACGAUGAUUCUAAAAAUAUCAACUCGAAUGGUUGUGUCCCUAUCGAUGAGAAUGGUAAUUUAACAUCCAUUGGUUCAGUCAGUCACUUAUUAAACGACUGUAAACCGUGUGCGUUUUAUAAACACCGGACCAAGAAGUGUGUGAAUGGGAUUCGAUGCCAAUUUUGUCAUUUUGAGCAUGAUGAGAGGCGUAAACCGAGGGGGAGAAAUUUUAGAAAUCACCGCCUUCUUUAAUUUUUAACCUUUAC